AUGACUUCCACUCGUUGUGCAGCUUGCAAACAAUUAAGAAGAAGAUGUCCUUCAGAUUGUAUCUUUUUACCAUAUUUUCCUCCAAAUAAUCCACAAAGAUUUUCUUGUGUUCAUAGAAUCUAUGGUGCUAGCAAUGUUGGAAAGAUGCUCCAGCAAGUACAAGAGCAUCAGCGAGCGGAUGUAGCAGACACGUUGUAUUAUGAGGCAUAUUGCAGAAUUAAGGAUCCAGUUUACGGUUGUGUUGGGAUCAUUACUGUUUUACAUGAAGAAAUCUACCAAUUACAAUGCCAAUUGGCUAAAUUAAAAGCUGAAAUUGACUUACUCAAAACUCAGUCACCAGCUCAAGGACAACAAGUUGAAUUUUCUGCUAAUUUAUUGGCUGAUCAAAAUGGAGUUUAUACUUCAUCACCAUCUUUAUUUGAUCCUUCAUUCUAUUGGUUUUACUAG